AUGGUUUUCCUAGCUGAUAUGGACGGAAAAGACUAUGUCUUCACCUAUGGCAUCUUUGGCGUUCAACAUGAAGAACUUACCCCAGGGAAAGCCACUUCCAUUUCCACCCUCUACAAACUGCUUUCCUCUUCCGCCAAUCGCGUUGACCAUCUUCAAGACGAAAGUCACGGGCUCCCACGACAUGGCCCCAAAUCCACCACCUUUAUCGCAUAUUGGUUAUCCACUUCUACCUACGAAUCAUGGAAAGAAUUACCCCCAGUAAAAGAAUUUUGGGCCUCACUCCCUGCCGACGCAGGUGUCUGGCGCGAAGUCAUGACAGUCCCCAAGUCUCGCUUCACAUUCGCCUCUAGCCAACCCGUAGCAUCAGCAAUGGGAACACUACUUCCCCUCAAACAAAGUAACGACGAAGGAUACUGGGGCGUAUACCGUCAUCGACUUUCCGAAACACCCGAUUCCCACACCGAUCCUUCAGAUACAUUUACAUCAUCCUAUAUUACUCCCGCCAAAGCCAAAAAUAACGAAACAAGAAAGAUUAUCGAUAUACCCAGUACCCGUAGCUCCAAAAUAAAACUAGGAAGAGUUUGCAUUUCUAACCCCCCCGAAAACCUAAUCUUCGUCCGCGAAGGCCAACGCCAACCACACAUUCCCCCUGCCGAAACCGAAGCCUGGCUCAAGCAAAUAAACCCACACGCCCAAUCCUGGAUAACUCAUCUCGACACCGAACGCAACAAAAACGGCGUCAUAGCAUUUACCACGCAUAUCGGGCACGAUAAUCCCGCCCCGGGAAUUAUGAAUGAGAAAUUUGACCCCGAGGCGAUUGCGGAAACGAAUCAACUUGCUUAUUUUUUGGACUUGGCACAUUUUGAGCAGGCGGGACGUUCGCACAAGGGACAUGUGCAGUUGAGGAAGACGGUUAUGAAUCUUUAUGGACCUGGGGGUCAGUUGGAAAAAGGGAAGGCGGUUAUAUUUGCGGAGUUGUGUAUUUUGAAGUCGAAGGAUUUGGAUGCAGAGUAUAUUGGUUGUGCGGAAGGAACGGGUUUGAUGUAUUUGGCUGAUUUAUAG